CCCCAAACGUUACUUAAUUGCCGACGCGGGAACCAGUUCUCUCUGUUCUUCUCUACGUGCUGGGCUCAAUUUCUCUGAUAUUCGGCCAUGGAUUCAUCGUCGUUCUGUAAAUGUGUUUUGGAUUCUCGGUGUUCACUUCCGGCUGAAGUGUUGUGCUAUGCGCUCUGAUCGGAGAAUUUGAUUUGGAACAGAAAUGGCUUCCAGUGGUGGUGGUAUUGGUGGUAGUGGUGGUAAUAGUUUCAGGUAUUCUUUGAGGUCCGAGAGGCAAGGUGUUCAUCAUCAUGUUCCGAUUUCUUCUGCUCAUAGUAGCUCCUUUGCUUUCCCCAUUGCUGCUUCGAAAAGUGUUGGUCAUGGACAGAGUCUUGGUUCUUCUGCUCGUAAUAAAGCGUCUUCUGCUUCUCGACGAUCUCUUACUCCUAAUUUGAGGUCUUGUUCGUUUGAUGUCGAUGAAGACUCUCAGCGGGUGAGAGUGGCUGUUAGAGUCCGACCUAGAAAUGCUGAGGAUCUCCUUUCAGAUGCUGAUUUUGCUGAUUGUGUUGAGUUACAGCCAGAGCUGAAGCGGUUGAAAUUGAGGAAAAACAACUGGAGUUCUGAGUCGUAUCAAUUUGAUGAAGUUUUUACGGAAUCUGCCUCUCAAAGGCGUGUAUAUGAAGUGGUAGCCAAGCCUGUUGUUGAGUGCGUGCUAAAUGGUUAUAAUGGCACAAUUAUGGCGUACGGUCAAACUGGUACUGGUAAGACUUACACACUUGGAAGGAUGGGUAAAGAAGAUGUGUCUGAACGUGGUAUCAUGGUUAGAGCUUUAGAGGACAUAAUUGCCAAUGUAUCUCCUACUUCGGAUAGCGUGGAAAUUUCCUAUUUGCAGUUGUAUAUGGAGUCUGUUCAAGAUUUGCUGGCUCCUGAAAAGGUUAACAUCCCUAUUAAUGAAGAUCCCAAAACUGGAGAAGUAUCAGCGCCUGGUGCUACUGUCGUCAAGAUUCAAGAUAUAGAUCACUUUUUACAAUUACUAGAGAUUAGUGAGUCUAAUCGCCAUGCAGCCAAUACAAAACUGAAUACAGAAAGUUCACGAAGUCAUGCAAUCCUCAUGGUUUAUGUACGAAGGGCUGCCAGCAAAAAAAAUGAAGAUAUGGCUACUACCCAAGGGCACGACCAUACAGUUGAUUUUCUGGGUGGUAAUGGCAUACCCAUGAUUCGGAAAAGCAAGUUGCUUGUAGUGGAUCUAGCAGGAUCAGAAAGAAUAAAUAAAUCUGGAAGUGAAGGUCAUUUACUUGAAGAGGCAAAGUUUAUUAAUCUUUCUCUCACGUCCCUCGGAAAAUGUAUCAAUGCAUUGGCGGAAAACAACACUCAUAUACCCACCAGAGAUUCUAAGCUUACAAGACUUCUUCGUGAUUCAUUUGGAGGUUCUGCUAGAACUUCUCUCAUCAUAACUAUUGGACCUUCCUCAAGAUACCAUGCAGAAACUGCUAGCACAAUUAUGUUUGGACAACGUGCAAUGAAGAUUGUGAACAUGAUAAAACUUAAAGAAGAAUUUGACUAUGAAAGUUUAUGCCGAAAGCUUGAAAAUCAAGCAGACAAUCUCACUGCAGAAGUUGAUAGGCAGCAAAAAUUGAGAGAAAAUGAGAAAUAUAAACUGGAGAAAGAGCUGAGACUUUGUCAAGCCUCCUUUGCUGAAGUGAAAAAUAGUUUAAUUACAAGGUGUGAGUUUCUAGAAAAGGAGAAUACUCAAAUGGAAAAGGAGAUGGCAGAUUUAUUAAUCGAAUUGAACCGUCAAAGAGAUCACAAUGACUUGAUGCAUGAUAAAGUUAGUCAUCUGGAAAUGAGUUUAGAACACAGUAAGCAACAUCAGCUUGAAAACUACACGUAUCAGAAAGUUUUGGCUGAUACCACUCAAAUGUAUGAAAAGAAUAUAGCAGACUUGAAGAAACAGCUGGAAGUUGAGCAUGCUCGCUUUGUAAGUGCCAAGGAAGAGUUCGAAGUUAUGAAGAAGAUCUUAUGUGAUCACAAAAAGUUGAUUCAGCAACAUGAAACAGAUAAUUCAGCGUAUAAGAUGGCGCUUGCGGAAACCACUCAGAGAUAUGAGAAGAAAAUGGCAGAGUUGACAAAACAAUUAGAGGAUAAGAAUGCCCAUUUUGAAGCUAUAGAAGAACAGCUACGCUUGGCAAAGAGUUGCCCUAGUGAUAAUCAAAAUUCUAUACAGAAAGAGAUCGAAGAACUGAAGGAAAAGUUAAAACCAUGUCAAUCGCAUGAAAAUACUCUCACUGAAUUUCAAUCCUUGAAAUCGGAGCAUAAACAUCUAGCAGAAGAGAAGGAGAAACUGAAGGAAGAACUUUAUAUCACGAGGCAAAAACUUCUAUUUGAAGAGAAGCAGAGAAAGACUAUUGAAAAUGAAUUGGUUCAAAUACAACGGACUGUACCCGUGAGUGGGAAUGAUUUUGAGGAUCAGAAAUCGUAUAUGAGGGAUAAUAUACAUAGACAACCCUCCAGCUUGGGAACUCCCAUGGGUUUUCACGAGACGGGUCAAUUGAAAGAGACUAAUUCUAGUCAACGUGAAACAAUUGCAAAAAUAUGUGAAGAAGUUGGUCUUCAAAAGAUUUUACAAUUGUUGACUUCCGAAGACACUGAUGUCCAAGUCCAUGCUGUGAAGGUGGUCGCCAAUCUUGCUGCUGAAGAAUCGAAUCAGGAAAAAAUCGUAGAUGAAGGUGGUUUGGAUGCUUUGCUUAUGCUACUGCAGUCAUCAAAAAAUCUGACAAUUUUCAGAGUGGCGUCUGGAGCUAUCGCCAAUUUAGCAAUGAAUGAGAGGAAUCAAGGCGUAAUAAUGAGCAAAGGGGGCGCCCAGUUGCUGGCAAGAACAGCAUCCAGAACAGAUGAUCCCCAAACUCUUCGCAUGGUUGCUGGUGCCCUUGCUAAUUUAUGUGGAAAUGAAAAGUUGCACAAGAUGCUAAAGGAUGAUGGAGGUAUUAGGGCUCUUCUGGAAAUGGCUACAUCCGGAAAUAGUGAUGUUAUUGCACAAGUUGCAAGGGGAAUGGCAAAUUUUGCGAAGUGUGAAUCGAGGGCAAUUGUUCAAGGACGCAAGAAAGGCCGUUCUCUGCUAAUGGAGGAUGGUGCUCUUCCAUGGUUACUCAACAAUUCUCAUACUAAUUCUGCAUCAGCUCGACGCCAUAUUGAGCUUGCCCUGUGUCAUCUAGCCCAAAAUGUGGACAAUGCAGCUGAUUUUGUAGCCUGUGGAGGGGUGAAAGAGUUGUUGGAGCGAAUAUCACGAGAAUCUUUUAGAGAGGAUAUCCGCAACUUGGCGAGGAAGAUGCUGAGGCUAAACUCCACAUUUCAAGCUUAGGUAAUGCAUGGUAGCAAGAUGUACAGCUUUGAGAACUUGCAAUCUGUUUCGAAACAUCAUAAAUUCUUGCUUGUACCUCGAGCAAUGAUCCCGAGUUUUAGCAGGGCAUCACAUAUUUCUGCAAGGAUGAAGUACGAUAGAACAAUUUAAUAAUCUUUAGUCCCUUUAAAAGGUGUAUAUCGUUGUUUUAUCCUAAACUUUCAAUUUCAUCCAAUUACACCUUAAACUUAUCAUAAGCACUUAAAUGUAACUGUUACGUUCAAGUA